AUGUCAAGUGAUAUCUCCAAUAUCUUAAUUGCAUGUCUUGAUGUCGAUUCUUCAUUAAUGUCAUCAGAUUCAUCGUACUUAGUGAAAUUAUUUGAUGAUGAAUGUGUUUGUAUCACUGAUCUGCUAUCUAUAACUGAUAGAUAUGUUUAUUUCAUUGUAUCAAGUUCAGUUGGUAAAUAUAUUGUUCCAUUAAUUUAUCAACAUCGAUGUGUCGAACAAAUAUAUAUAUAUUGUCCAGAUGAUAAUCAAUCAGAUCCUUCAUGGACGACUCAUUUUCCAAAAAUUAAAGAUUGUUGGAUUGAUUAUAGUAUACUUGUUUCUCAAGUAUAUAAAGAUAUCGAAUCGAUCCUUUCGCGAUCAUCACUCUGGUCAAACGAAGAAUUAAUUGAUAGAUGUUAUACUCAAACUUUACUUAAACCAUCGAAUUGGUCUUUCUUACGAGAACAAUUUCCUCAAAAUCUUCUUGAUAUCCAACAACUGCUGAAGACUAUUGAUCAAUGUUUUGCUGAAUUGUCUCCGACGACUUCAUCUGCUGUUGUCUAUCGAGUUCAAUUUUUAUGCGACGAAGACUUAAAAAUAAUAACUGAAAAUGUUAAAGAACUGGUUGCUUUUCAUACAUAUCUGUUGGCUACAAAAGAUUUAUUGACGGCGAGAACAAUUGCACGACAAGCUGCUGAUCGUGGAUUGAUGGUUAUCAUAUUUCAAAUUGAUAUUCCUGCACAGACGCGUGUACUAGAACUAAACAAUAAUCGGUUAAUGUUUUCAUUUGGCAGUAUUUUUUCAGUUCGAUCUGUCGAUUUAGCACCUGAUGGUGUCUGGUAUGCUCAAUUAAAAUAUGAUGAUUCGGAUUUUCAAUCAAUUCAAGCACGAUUACAGCUGCAAAUUGGUGAACAACUCACUUGGUUAACACUCGGCAACUAUCUGUGCGCUCUGAAUCACUUCAAUGAAGCUAAAUCGUACUAUGAUUAUCUAAUAAGUGCACUGCCCAAAAAUCAUCAGGCACUUCCAUCAAUUUAUAACAAUAUGGGAUUAAUGUUUGCAGGAUCAGGUGAUGAUAAAAAAGCAGCAACAUAUUUCGAAACCGCCAUGAAUUUACUAGAUAAGAUGCCUCCAAAUACAGAUCAGAAUUCACAAGGUGUUUGUUUGAGAAAUUUAUCUCAAAUAAUCGAAGAUAUAACAGCUGUUGAUUAUUGCAUAUUGUAUGAUAAAAUGGCUGAGGUGUAUCUUCGACAAUUGAAAGUUGAAGAAGCUCUGAAAUGUUAUCGAAAGGCACUUGAAUUAGCGACUGAUCCUUUAUCGCGUAUUCAUUUUGAACAAAAGAUUAAAAAUAUUCUUGCUUCUAUAUAA